AUGAAAAGAAAAAAACUUAUAAAUCAAAUCACAAUUUUCCAUGACCGUCCUUUUGAAGAGACAUGCUCAGCUAUGCCAGCUGGUCUCUUUAGAUUCGAUAAUAUCAGCGAUCGAAAUGAUGCUAGAGCGACAUUUGAGUGGUAUGCUGAAUUGUGUCGUCAAUUACCUGGUUCUGUGACUGGUGUGAAGCUAUUAUCGGGUCACAUUCAGUCGGACUCGAAGGAAGCGCUAGAAGCCCAGGAGAAAGCUUAUGGAGAUAUUGUUUAUAACUUUUGUUUUAUGAAAGACAAGGAGCGUUUGAAACCCUUAAGACACGCUAUCCACUUCUCGUCUUUUGCUGCAGAGGGAAACCAGUACGUACCUUUUCUCAAAAAACAACUGCUUGCCCGUGGAGUGACUUUUGUAAAGAGGAAGAUCAAUAACGUUGAG